CGGAUGAUGUGCUGCUAACCUUGGCGAGCGACUAGCGGGAGCGCGAAAAUGUCCGCAAGUAUGGAAACCGAGCAAAAUGCCGAGCAAGACGGCGCUAACAACGCGGAAAAAGUGGAAAAGCUGUGCCGUUUUCCUUUGUCACGAGUCAAGAACAUCAUGAAACUCGACCCCGAUGUUGGGCUCGCCAGUCAAGAGGCUGUGUUUCUCGUCGCGAAAGCUACGGAACUGUUCGUUGCCUCCCUGGCGAAAGAAGCGUACACUUUCACGCGACAAGCGAAGAAGAAAACUAUGCAAAAGAAGGACGUUGAUUCGUCUGUCGAAGCUGUCGAAGCGUUCGCUUUUUUGGAAGGGACUCUGGAUUGAUGGCCCGCCGCACGUACUGCUGUCUGUAGAAAUGUACUUCUGUAAAUAAAUUACCUGUUUUUACCGCAAUAAA